UGCACCAUUAAAGGGCUUGUAAAGUUUGGAUGCUUCCGAUUAUAAAGACCAGACGGUUCGAACCUUGGUACACACGUACAGAUAAUGAUGUUGUUUUACUUAGUCACUGGUUGGUGGUGCUGUUGCCUAAGCAUACUAUUUGUCUAACAGCAGUCUUAUUACAAGUCACCGCCCGUCUUUGAGGGAAACAGGCGAUGGUUGUGGGCAUACUUAAUAAGGCUCCACUGUGGAUGGUGGCAUUGCAUUUAUUUUGACAGAGAACUACAACAUAUAGGUCCAUAUUGUGAGCGAGACCCACGGAUAACUGUGUAAUUCUGGAUCUGAUAUUCAUGGUAAGAAAUGGAUAUGCUAAAGAGCAAAGGGACUUCAUUGGAUUGGAGAGUCUCCAUUUUGCUUUUCUGCGUUGUUGCUGCGGUUAGCGGACAAAUACGUUAUUCUAUACCAGAGGAGAUGAGAAAGGGGCUGUUUGUCGGAGACGUUGCAAAAGACCUGGGCUUGGAUGUUACAAGGUUGGUUUCUGGUCGGGCUAGAGUUGUUAUAGAUGGCGAUAACCAAUAUGUCGCGCUGAACCAGAACAAAGGGCAUAUCGUUGUCAAUGAAAGAAUUGACAGAGAGAAUUUAUGCGCCAAGAAAUCACCGUGUAGCUUUAGUUUAGAAAUUGUCCUCGAAGAUCCACUUGAAUUGUUCUCCAUUACCAUCGAAAUACAGGAUGUAAACGAUCAUGCUCCUGCUUUUCCCAAAAAGGAAAUUAAUUUGGAAAUAAGCGAAUCGACGCCCACGGGGACUGUCUUUUUGCUUGAUAGCGCAGCUGAUCCUGACGUUGGAAUAAACUCACUGCAGAGUUACUCUUUAAAGGAAAAUCAUCAUUUUGUUCUCAAACAACACACUCGAGCAGAUGGGAGUAAAUAUGCUGAAAUGAUGCUUCAGAGUGGUUUGGACCGCGAGAAGCAGAGCGAGCAUACGCUCAUAUUGACGGCUGUUGACGGUGGGGAACCGCGGAGGUCUGGAACAGUAAGGGUUCAUGUAUCUGUUCUCGACGCAAAUGACAACGCACCCGUUUUUACGCAGUCAGUAUACAGAGUGUCUGUCUUAGAAAAUGUUUUGAGAGGCACAGUUAUUGCUGAAGUCAGUGCCGUAGACGCGGACCAAGGUUACAAUGGUAAUGUUACAUAUUCGUUCACCCACUUAGAAGAGGAUUCCUCCUGUCCUUUCGAAAUAAAUUCUUACACGGGAGAGGUUAAACUCACCGCUGCCAUCGAUUACGAGGUUUCUCCAAAUUACGAAAUAAACCUUCAAGCAAAAGAUCCAUGGGGUGUAGUGGGAGCCAGCAAACUGAUAAUUGAGAUAACCGAUGUAAAUGAUAACAGUCCAAUAAUCACAAUGGCUUCAUAUUCGGGUAAAAUAUCAGAGGAUUCUACUCCUGGCACAGUCGUGGCGUUGAUUAGUGUCCAAGAUAAAGAUUCCGGUAAAAAUGGACUGGUUCAUUUAAAUAUAGAUGAAAAUAUCCCGUUCAAGAUUAAAUCGUCUCUCAGAAACUAUUACACAUUGGUCACGGAGCAAAGUCUCGACCGAGAAAAGCGUCCCAAGUACAACAUCACUCUCACUGCCACAGAUGAGGGCUUGCCUCCCUUAUCAAGCAAAAAAACUGUCGUUUUAGACGUUACUGAUGUUAAUGACAACGCACCAGCGUUCAGUCAAAGUGUUUACAGCACUCAGGUAAUAGAGAACAAUUCCCCUGGUGUCACUCUGUUGCAGAUACACGCUACUGAUCCAGAUCAGGGUCAAAAUGCACGCAUAUCAUAUUUUCUUAUUCAGGGUGAUAUUAAUGGUAAUCCAGUCUCCGCAUAUUUCUCUAUUAAUACGGAGAGUGGAGUCAUUCAGUCGUUGCGUUCCCUUGAUUAUGAACAAGUCAAAGAGUACAAAAUACGAGUUAAAGCGCAAGAUGGAGGCUCGCCACCAUUAAGUAGCAACACGACAGUUCUUGUGCGUGUCCAAGACCAGAACGACAACCCCCUCAGGUUCUGUACCCAGUCCAGACUGGUGGCUCUCUGGUGGCUGAAAUGGUGCCUCGUUCAGCAGAUGUGGGCUAUCUGGUCACUAAAGUGGUGGCUGUUGAUGUGGACUCUGGACAGAAUGCCUGGCUCUCCUAUAAACUGCAGAAAGCCACAGACAGGGCGCUGUUUGAAGUGGGCUUACAGAAUGGAGAAAUAAGAACUAUCCGCCAAGUGACUGAUAAAGAUGCUGUGAAACAAAGACUAACUGUUAUAGUGGAG